CGGACACAGCUUCCGCUCAUGUUCCUUUCUACGGAGUAUCUAUAUAUCUCCCCAUAGUCCUUGUUCUCAUAAUUUCAUUUCUUUUUUGGCAAAAUCCCAAUAUGAAUAUCACCCAUUUUCACCCUCCUCAUCUACUCGAGCUGAUUUCUCAAACUAAUCCGGAAUACUUCCGGUAUACCGACCCAAAAAGCGAAGCUAAAUUGUUCCCAGGCGGUGCUUCCUCCGCCGCCACAGGAGGAAGCGCCGCCGCCGGAUUCUGCGCCAGGAGCCAUUGGAAGCCCCACGAGGACGCGAAGCUCAAAAAGCUCGUCGCCGUCCACGGGCCCCACAAUUGGAAUUUCAUCGCCCAGCAUCUUCACGGAAGAUCUGGGAAGAGCUGCAGGUUGCGGUGGUUCAACCAGUUGGACCCGAAGCUGAACAAGGCGGCGUUCACGGAGGAGGAGGAGGAAAUGCUGGUGGAGGCGCACAGAGUGUACGGCAACAAAUGGGCCAUGAUCGCCCGCCUCUUCCCCGGCCGGACGGACAACGCCGUCAAAAACCACUGGCACGUCCUCACCGCCCGGGACCACCGCCGCCAGCCGCCUCCGCCGGUCACCGCAGUUUCCGGCGACAGCACCACCAGCAGCCCUAGCGGCUGCAAGAGGCGGAAGCAAGGAAACGCCGGCGGCGGGGACUACCCCGAAAACCCCACCCCCGCCGCGGCGAAUGAUUCCUCCGCCGCGUAUGCCGCCGCCGGCCCGGUGGAGGAAGCCCGGUCGACGUGCACUCAUCUCAUCUCCCUCUCCCCUUCAUUUGGUCAUAAUCCGCCACCGCCGCCGGACGACUUUCAACUCCUCCCGUCCGUUACAGGGUCAUCAUCAAGAAGAAUGGCGGUGGCGGAGGGCGGAGGAGGGGGCGGCCGAUCAGAGUCGUCAAACUCGGAGGUAUCUGCAUCAUCAGAGUCAGUGGCAAACAGUAACAAGACAUUAUCAGAUCAAACCAAUAACAAAAUCCAGUUCUAUGAUUUCCUAGGACUGGGAGCCACUUAAAUUAUUGUUAUUGGUGUUCUACCAAACAUGUACUACUAACUAAUUAAUUAAUUUAACUUUAAUUAUUGCACAAACUUGAAGUAUAAAGUUAAAGUAACUAAUGUGGGCAUGUGUUAAUAAAUGACACCUUAGCUUUAUUAGCCUAAAUAUUUUAGUCAUUAUUAUUUACUUAAAUGCAUUAUGAUUAGAUGGAUAACAAAGAUAGGAUGCUUAU